AAACUUAGUUGAAACAAGAGAAAACAGAAAUGGCGGACGAACAGGAGCUUUUACAGUUGGAGAACUUGUGUAAACAACUGUAUGAGACUGCUGAUGGAAACAUUCGAGCUGAAGCUGAAAAAGCUCUAGUUUCCUUUGCUCACUCUCCUGACUGCUUGAACAAAUGCCAACUACUUUUAGAGCGAGGGAAUUCUGCUUAUGCUCAACUGCUUGCUGCAACAACAUUGACAAAAAUGGUUUAUCGCCCUAAUAUAACAUUGCCUCUUGAACAACGAAUUGAUAUUCGCAAUUAUGUUUUAAAUUAUCUAGCGACUAGGACCAAACUGACUCAUUAUGUGUCACAAUCUCUUGUUCAGUUAUUUGCCAAAAUUACAAAGUAUGGAUGGUUUGAUGUGAAUAAAGAAGAAUUUGUGUUUCGGAAUGUUGUCACAGAUGUUGGAAAAUUUAUUCAGAGUGGCUCUACACAUCAUGUUAUGAUUGGUGUUCAGUUAUUGUCUCAGUUAGUUUGUGAAAUGAACCAAGUUAGUGAGUCUGAGGCUAGUCGAUCAUUGACAAAACAUAGGAAAAUAGCCUCCUCUUUUCGUGACACUCAGCUAUUUGAAAUAUUUCAGUUGUCUUGUAAUUUGCUUCGUUCAGCUGCUGGGAAUCUCAAAUCUCUUGACUUCAGUGACAGUAAUCAGCAUAGUCUUCUGUCUCACUCAUUGAGGCUUGCACACAACUGUCUUACAUUUGACUUCAUUGGCACGUCCACUGAUGAAUCUUCUGAUGAUUUGUGCACUGUUCAGAUCCCAACAAGUUGGCGAUCAGCAUUUCUAGAUGUUGGUACCUUAGAGCUGUUUUUUGAUCUGUAUUCUGGUCUGCCAUCUUCGUUAUCUUCUUUGGCAAUAUCCUGCUUAGUUCAAAUUGCAUCAGUACGGCGCUCAUUAUUCAACAAUACAGAGAGAGCUAAAUUUAUAAACCAUCUUGUUAUGGGUGUUAGAAGUAUUCUAGAUAAUCCCCAGAGCUUAGCUGAUCCAGCCAACUAUCAUGAAUUUUGUCGUUUGCUGGCAAGACUCAAGUCCAACUAUCAACUUGGAGAAUUAGUCAAAGUUGAUAAUUAUCCAGAAGUUAUUAAACUAAUUGCUGAAUUCACUAUUACAAGUCUCAGGAUGUGGCAGUUUGCACCCAAUAGUGUCCACUACCUUCUCAGUUUGUGGCAACGCAUGGUUGCCUCAGUGCCAUAUGUGAAAGCUACAGAGCCUCACAUGCUAGAAACUUACACACCAGAGGUCACCAAAGCUUAUAUUACAUCUCGUCUAGAGUCUGUCCAUGUCAUUGUUAGAGAUCAAUUAGAAGACCCAUUAGAAGAUCAUGGUAUGAUUGCUCAACAGCUGGAACAGUUAUCAACUAUAGGGCGUUGUGAAUAUGAGAAAACAUGUUCCUUGCUGGUACAGUUGUUUGAUGAGUCUGCUCAAAGGUAUCAGGAAAGAAUGUCUUCAGGCCCAUCAGUAGAGCUAGCUAUUGAAGAAGGUCGAUUGACGUGGUUAGUUUACAUUAUUGGAGCUGUUAUUGGUGGUCGGGUUUCUUUUGCAAGUACUGAUGAACAUGAUGCAAUGGAUGGAGAACUUGUUUGCAGAGUGUUACAAUUGAUGAACCUAACAGACUCUAGACUAUCACAGGGAGGGUGUGAGAAAUUAGAUUUGGCCAUUCUUAGCUUUUUUGAGCAGUUCAGAAAAAUUUAUGUUGGCGAUCAGGUGCAGAAAACAUCAAAACCUCUAAAUUUGGUUGAAAUGCCUCAUGGUAAAUCAGUUAGCUUUGACUCCGACCGAGGCUUUAAGAUGUUUCCUUUUGUUUAUAGACGCUUAUCAGAAGUAUUGGGCCUAAGUGAUGAAUCAAUGGUGCUUAGUGUAUUCAUUGGAAAGAUCAUCACAAAUUUAAAGUACUGGGGACACAGUGAGCAGAUCAUUUCCAAAACACUUCAACUGCUGAGUGAUCUGUCAGUAGGCUACAGCAGUGUCAGAAAACUAGUCAAGCUUGAAGCUGUGCAGUUCCUGCUCAACAAUCACACUUGUGAACAUUUUCCAUUUCUUGGUAUCAAUAAUGGCAAUGGAGCCCCUGGUGAUAUGAGAUGCAGAACGACAUUUUACACAGCCUUGGGCAGAUUGCUUUUAGUAGACCUUGGGGAAGAUGAGGAAAGAUUUUAUAGAUUCAUGUUGCCAUUAACAUCUCAUUUUGAAACAGUUGGUGGUCUUCUUGCAAAUGCUUUAUCUAUGAAUAUGGAAGAAGCUAAGAGAUCAUUAAUAGGACUGGCACGAGAUUUACGGGGCAUAACAUUUGCUUUCAGUAACAAGACCAGUUAUAUGAUGCUUUUUGAUUGGAUUUAUCCAGCAUUUACCCCAGUGUUGCAGCGAGCAGUAGAACUAUGGUACCAUGAUCCGAUGGUGACCACACCCAUCUUGAAAUUAUUUACAGAGCUUGCCCAAAAUAGAUCACAGAGAUUACAGUUUGAUGUUUCUUCUCCUAAUGGUAUCUUGCUCUUCAGAGAAAUCAGCAAAAUGGUUGUUUGCUAUGGGUCAAGAAUACUUACUAUUGGUGACAUUCCUAAAGACAGAUUAUACCCAUUGAAGCUGAAGGGGAUCUCAAUUUGUUUCUCAAUGCUGAAGGCAGCUCUUUGUGGAAACUAUGUUAACUUUGGUGUCUUUCGACUCUACGGAGAUUGUGCUCUUGAUGAUGUGUUGUCCAUGUUUGUGAAGCUGCUUCUUUCUGUCCCUCAGAGUGAUUUGUUGGAUUAUCCAAAACUUAGUCAAAACUAUUAUGGUCUAUUGGAGUGUUUGGCCCAGGAUCAUAUGUCAUUUAUUAGCAAUCUAGAACCUCAAGUGUUCCUCUAUUUACUCUCAUCUAUCAGUGAAGGUCUCACAGCACUGGACACAAUGGUGUGCACUGGCUGCUGUGCGACUCUAGAUAACAUCAUUACUUACCUAUUCAGACGGCUGAUCAACAAAAAGAAACAAACACCCAACCAAGUUCCAGAUAGUGAAGCAUUCCUCUGUAUACUUGAACUCCAUCCAGAAAUUUUGCAACAAAUGCUCUCAACAGUAUUAAAUAUCAUCAUGUUUGAAGAUUGUAGAAACCAGUGGUCAAUGUCUCGUCCUUUGUUAGGUCUUAUACUUCUAAAUGAAGAGCAUUUUAACAAAUUAAGAAACAACAUAAUUUCAAGUCAACCAGCAGAAAAACAGGAAGCCAUGGCUAACUGCUUUCAAAACUUGAUGGAUGGGGUGGAACAUUCUCUUUUAGCUAAAAACAGAGAUAGGUUUACACAAAACUUGUCAGUCUUCAGACGAGAUAUAAAUGAUUCAUUGAAAGCCCCCAGCAAUAGUCCCACAACAGAUAUGAUGAACUAUGGAUAGCAGUGGUGGACAUAGAGCUUUAGAUAUUUGUUUCUACUGUUGACAUUUAACAUAAAGAAAAUUGUUUCUCCGGUUUGAUAAAACUCUGAUCAAUGUUAUUCAUGCUAAUUUUUGUUUAAGGCAUAUGAAGUUUUCUCCUGCCUUUUAAAUUUUGUUUUUGUUGCAAGUAGGUGUGUUUACAAGUCAUGAACAUUUUGAAUGAACACCAAAACUGAGAAUCUGGUUUAGUUUUAAGUGACUAUUCUGUUACUUUUCCUCUAGUUUAAAUGGUUUAAUAUAAAAACAUGAAAUUAAUGGUCUGUACAAAUGUUUCAAAAAAACAUAGUUUGUAAGAACUGUAGUGAGAUAUAGCUCCAUGUGUUAUUGCUUAAGAUGCUAUUAUGUACUCUUAUGAAAAUAGAAAACAAAAAAGUUAUUACAUAAUACUUUUGCUGGCAACAUUUUUUUCCAAAAUGUGUUGCAUUAUAUGUACCUAACACAAAAACACAAAUUCUGUGAUCAAAAGAAAGAAAUGUCUUUAAAAAAAAAGUGUUUCAUUCAAAACUGACAAUGAAAAUAACUUUUAGCAUGAGAUGUUUGAAAUGUAAUAAGUAAUAGAUAACUGCCAACUUUUCACACUAGAUAAUUGGAAGCACAUCUGAUACAUUGUAACAAUUGUUGAAUCAUUUGUGUUCUCUCUUCCCACACUGAAACAUCGCCUCUCUUUCCCCCCUCCCUCUUAUGUUGCCAUACAAAACAAAAGCAUUUAAAUCAUCUGAGAUUGACUCAUCAUUUAUCAUGCCUCAUCAUGGUCCACAAGUUUAGUGCUUGUAGAAAGAUGACUGGGAGAAUUAGAGGAAAACACUAUGACAUGCAAUAUUCUGGCAUAUUUGAUUGGUUGAAAAAAAACAGGACAUUGGCUGCACCCUACACCAUGAUUUAUUCUAGUAUUAUUGAGUCUGUCUAUUUAAUGACAAAACUGGUACACAGACCAGGUAAAUACUGUGAACAUUGCUACUAGGGAUUAUUGAGUCUGUCUAUUUAAUGACAUAGACCAGGUAAAUACUGUGAACAUUGCUACUAGGGAUUAUUGUUUAUUCCUCUUGGAUUUGAAACAAGUCUCAGGUCAAAUGUGAGCUUGGAAUGAAUGCUUUUUUAUAAUUUGGUUUGGUGUCAAGAUGUACACACGUUUAGAAGCCAUAUUGCUAAAUAUAGAAAUCUGUACUACCAGUAUUGGGUUAAAAAUUAUUUUGUUUCAAUACAAUGACUGCCUGAGCAUAACAGUUUGUUUAUUGUGUCGGCCAAUACAAUACAUGUAUAUUUGGAUUGUUAUAAAUUUGUGUAUGGUUCUAACUUGAUUUUUAUAUAUAUAUAUAUUUGUAGCUUUUUAAUAUUUUUUUCUUCUGUGGUUUUAAAAUAGUUGUGACCUUUGACACAAAAUGUUUGACUAAUGAAUACAAUGUUUGACUAA